AUGUCUGAGGAAGCUCUUAAGGCUUUAAUAAAAAAACGGGCUUCCAUAAAGGCUAAAUUAACAUUAUUCGAGAAAUAUGUUGCAACAUUUACAGACUUGGAGAUUGACACUCUUGACAGGGCGAAAAAAUUUGAAUUGGAGCAACGCACGAUAGGCGCAGAAUCAAUUUUACAGGCGUUUGACGAAAUUCAAAACGAAAUCGAGUAUAGUAUAACAGACGAACACAAACUGCAAGAUCAAAUAAACGAACGCGAAUCAUUCGAAAACAAAUUUUAUUCAGUUUCAGCAAAUGCUAAAUCAAUUCUAGAAGAACUUACAAAAAAUAAAGUUGCGGAAAAUUCAAGUUUGCCUAUUCUUUCGACUGUUCCUCGCCUUGAAGGUGUUAAGCUGCCUGAAAUAGGAUUGCCCAAAUUUGACGGUUCACACGAAAAAUGGAUGGAAUUUCGAGACAUGUUUGACUCGUUAAUUAAUACUAAUACCCAAUUAAACAGCAUUCAAAAGUUCCAUUAUCUGCGCGCCUCAUUAAUCGGUUCGGCUCCCCAAGUCAUUCAUUCCAUUGAAUUUACCUUAAAUAAUUAUUUAACAGCGUGGCAAACAUUAUGCGAUCGAUUCAAUAAUAAACAGUUACUCAUUCAAAAUCACAUUCGAGCCAUCUUUAAUAUGGAAAAUGUAUCAACUCCAACAGCAUCAAAAAUACGAUUUUUAUAUGAAAAUCUCUUUAAACAUUUGAGUAUUCUCUCGCAGUUAGGAGAACCCACGAAUAAUUGGGAUACGUUAUUAAUUUACAUUAUUGUCGGCAAAUUAGACAAACAUACGGCCCAAGAAUGGGAAAAACAGAAAUUUAAUAUGAAUACGGUUACAAUAAACGAUUUUAAAGAUUUUUUAGCGAAACGUGCGAAUUUAUUAGAAACCAUCGAGAUGAAUAUGGAUAAUACGAGCGAAAAUCAAUUUAUAAAAAACAAAAAAUACAGCGACAAUCGAAAGCCCUUUAAAUUCAAUCAAACUCGUGGAUUACUUAAUGUUGUUGACGAAAAUAGCAUUUCAAAUAAUUCGAAUACAAAACCCUUUUCAACCUAUUUAUGUCUUAAUUGUAAUAAAACUGAGCAUAGCUUAUUUUACUGUCCUGAUUUUUUAAAACUAUCCAUUAAAGAUCGCCUUACAAGAGUAAAAACUCUAUAUUUAUCUACAAAUUGUUUAAGAAAGGGUCAUUCAUCCAAAGAUUGUAGAUGGUCAGGAUGUAAAAUUUGCGGUUUUAAGCAUAAUACUGUCUUACACAAUCCUCAAAACAGUGUAAAAUCAGCCGUUACUGUAAGACAACAAAAUACGAACAAUUAUGAAUACGAGAACGCAGUCCAAAAUUUAAACGUUUCUUCGACGUCAACGUCGGCUCCCGAAACGGAAUCAUCGGCCGCGACUCAAAGUCGAUGCACGUUAGCAACGGCUAGUCAAGCAAUUCUUUCGACCGCACAGGUCAGGACUUCGCGAACUGAAGAUUCCAAUUUUUUAAUCUCGCGCGCUUUAUUAGAUUGCGGCUCACAAUCGAUAUUACAAAAAAUUACCUCGGAUAUACCGGACACAUUAAUCGAUACUGAACAAUUUAAUAUACCGUGCGAUAUACAAUUAGCCGAUCCUGAAUUUUUUAUACCCCAAAAAAUUGACAUUUUAAUCGGCGCUGAUGCUUUCUGGAAUUUGUUAAGUAAUGGACAAAUAAAUUUAGGUUUACGAUCUGCUAUGCUUCAAAAUACAAAAUUCGGAUGGAUUGUUACCGGGUCCUUUUCAAUGCCUUCUAAUAAAUAUCCCAUUAAAUCGAAAUGUAACUUAAUUGUAAACGAGUCAGUUCAAAAUCAGUUACGUAAAUUUUGGGAAAUCGAGGAAGUCGAUAAUCAAAAGGUAUGGUCUCUUGAGGAGAAUGCAUGCGAAGAGCAUUUUAUAAAUAACUUAUUAGUUACCAAAAAUGGUAGAUUUAUGGUGUCCCUACCACUCAAAGAAUCGCCGAAAAUGUUAGGAGAUUCACGUAAUAUUGCCAUGAAGCGGUUUUUGUCGCUUGAGCGGCGUCUUAUAUCAAACGAAAAAUUGCGUGAAUUAUAUACAGAUUUUCUAACGGAAUACGAGUCUUUAGGUCAUAUGACAGUUAUUGAAGAUGACGAUCGUGAUUUGUCCGAUUCGGUAGAAUAUUAUAUGCCUCAUCAUGGCGUGUUUAAACAGUCUGAUUUAUCCACAAAAUUACGGGUAGUUUUUAAUGCGUCUGCCCCUACGUCUACUGGAAUUUCUCUCAAUGACCUCCAAAUGACCGGUCCUAUUAUACAACGCGAUCUUUUAUCCAUUUUACUUGAUUUUCGAAUGCGAUCAAUAGUUAUAUCUAGCGACAUAAAAAUGAUGUAUAGGCAAGUUCUUGUAAGUCCUAAGGAUCGAAAACUACAAAGGAUUCUAUGGCGUACAUCACGAAACGAAACUAUUAAAACUUACGAAUUAAAUACAGUUACUUAUGGUACAACAGCUGCAUCGUUUUUAGCAAUUCGUUGUUUACAUCAAGUAGCCAAUGAAUGCGAAAACGGGCAUCCUAUUAUAGCAAAUAUCAUUCGAAAUAACAUGUACGUUGAUGAUCUUUUGGCGUCAGUGGAUUCUGAGGAAGACGCUAAGUACAUUGUCGAAAACAUUUCAAAAAUUUUAUUCAAACGCGGGUUUGAACUUAGAAAAUGGAAAAGUAACAAAAAAAACGUUUUAUUGGGCAAUCAUUCAGAUUCAAAUCUAGUCGAGUUUUCGGUUAAUAAGGAAGGGGAAUCGAAAACUUUAGGACUUUUAUGGGGAUGCGACCGCGAUAUUUUAACUUAUAAAAUUCGUAUCAUUCAAAACCAAAAUUAUGAUAAUCAUAUAACUAAACGAACCAUUUUGUCUACAAUUGCGACCAUUUUUGAUCCAUUAGGUUUGUUAGGUCCUUGUAUAAUAAUAGCAAAGGUGUUAUUGCAAAAGCUUUGGUCAGAAAAUCUUUCAUGGGAUGACAUUUUACCCCCACCGAUUCUCAAUAGUUGGUUAGAUUUUUCAAAAGAUUUGUUUGCAUUGAAUGAUUUUGUAAUAGCGCGACAUGUAACAUGUAAAGAUGCAAUUUCUUUAGAGUUACAUGUUUUUGCAGAUGCGUCGGAAGCAAGUUACGGUGCUUGUAUAUAUUUAUUAUCCGUCAAUUCUCAACUCGAACGUUUUUCAAAUUUAUUGUGCGCUAAAUCAAAGGUAGCACCGAUUAAGUCUCUUACUAUGCCUAAACUCGAACUUUGCGCUGCCUUAAUUGCAUCUAAACUUCUUAAGAAGUGCCUUGAUUCAUUAAAUUCAAAUUUUGACAAGAUUUGUUGUUGGUUAGACUCAACAAUCAUUUUAGGUUGGCUAAAAACCAGUCCUAAUUUAUUAAAACCUUUCGUAGCGAACCGAGUUGCUACUAUUCAAACUCUGACAAAGGAAUUUUGUUGGAGACAUGUACCUACAUCAGAUAACCCUGCUGAUAUUAUAUCACGAGGUCUUAUGCCUAGUCAUUUAAUAAAAUCGCGCAUGUGGUUUCAUGGUCCCUUAUGGCUCUGUGAGGAUUCAAAUCAUUGGCCGAUUAGCCAUACUGAUAACUCAAAUUUGCCUGAGAAACGUAAAGUACAUCUUAUAAUGUUCCCUUCAGAUACGAAUAUUUUCUUCGAGAAAUUUUCAAAAUUACCUACAUUAAAGCGAAUUUUUGCAUACAUUUUUAGAUUCAUAAAAAAUUGUAAAACGCGACCGGAAAAUCGGGUUUUAUCUUGUUUAACAGUUUCUGAGAUCGAUAAUGCUUUUAUAUUUUUAGUUAAAUUAGCACAACAGAGUUCUUUUCAGGAAGAUUAUUAUAUUUUAAAAAAGGGAAAUGUUUUACCUUCAAAGUCUAAACUUUUAAAUUUAAGGCCCUUUUUAGACGAAAACGACCUCAUGCGGGUUGGAGGUAGAUUAGCAAAUUCUGAUUUCGAUUAUUCUAAAAAACAUCCGAUUUUAUUGUCACCUACCCAUAAGCUGACAAAACUUAUAUUUAAAUAUGAACAUGUAAAAUUAAUGCACGCAGGUCCCCAACUAUUAUUAUCGACAAUUCGUGAUAAUUAUUGGCCAAUUUCCGGCAGAAAUUUGGCGCGUAAAACCGUCAAAAAUUGUGUUAAAUGCGCAAGAUACGCAGGGCAAACGGUCCAACCAAUAAUGGGCGAUUUACCUAAAAAUCGCGUUAAACCGUCAUUACCAUUUUCAGUCGUUGGAGUCGAUUAUGCCGGUCCAUUUAUAAUGAAAAAUAAACCUGGUAGAGGUUGUAAGCCUAUCAAAUGUUGGGUGGCUCUGUUCGUGUGCUUCUCAACACGAGCUAUUCAUAUUGAGCUUGUCUUGUCAUUGAGUGCCGAUGAUUUUCUUCAAGCCUUUAAACGUUUUGUUGCGCGUCGUGGAAAACCGUCUGAGGUUUAUUCAGACAACGGUACAAAUUUUAUUAAAGCUAAUAAGGACUUGCUAGCAAUAAGUGAAUUUUUUAAAUUAAAUCAUUCAAUUAUAUGCGACACAGUUGCCAGCAUGGACAUUCGUUGGCAUUUUAUACCUACUAAUUCACCUCAUUUUGGCGGGAUUUGGGAGGCUGAAGCAGUACUUAAUUCCCGACCUUUAUCCCCCCUUACUUCCAAUCCAGAAGACCUAACCCCUCUCACGCCCGCUCACUUUUUGAUCGGAAGAUCCAUGAUGUCAGUACCCGAGCUCAAACUUCCUGAUGUUAAGGAAAACCGACUAUCAAACUACCAAUUACUUCAGAAGCUGUACGAACAUUUCUGGCAUCGAUGGAGUAAGGAGUACCUCAGUGAGUUGCAGCAAAGAAAUCGAUGGAAGCAAUCACAAGGCACCCUGCAAGUCAAUCAGAUGGUUUUGAUCAAAGAUGACCAUCUACCCCCAUCAAUGUGGCGCUUAGGACGAAUUGUACCGCUUAUUCCUGGAAACGAUGGUGUUUCACGAGCUGCGUCCGUAAAGACGAUAAAUGGAGUCCUGACUCGAGCUGUUGUAAGAAUCUGUCCGCUACCCAUUGUCAGCUAG